UCCUCUUCUCUCGCCGAGACCUCUCGAGCAUCAGUUGCUCUUUUUAUUGGUUACAGCUCUCCUCAGCCUUCCAACUUCGACAGGUCAUCAGAGCAUCGUGGCUGUUUUAGGUUUAUAAUGGAACUUACAUCUUUGCCUAAAUUCCUUUGGACAAGUGACAACAAGCUUCUGCAUCACCAUUUUCCGGACAUAUUGGCUACUGUUCAUACCACACAAGACAUUCCUGAAGAAGUUGUUUUUGGACCAUGCAUGCUCCAGAACACCCUGCUGGACACUGUAGCUUUUAUUGCUCUCAAGUGUUCUGAUAGACGGAACAUCCACUAUGUAUUUAAGGUAGACGUUACGUCUGUGCACAGUCCCACAGGACUGCCUUGGAUGAGACUUGUACAAGCAGCUGCCAAUAGCAAGGAGCAGAACUUGGAAGCUUACUUAGAAAACAGCCAGUUAUAUUAUCGCUCCACCAGGAAAAUCAAUAAAAACGAGGAAUUGCUUGUCUGGUAUGAUGAGGAGCUUUCCAGCCUCUUGGGUUUCAAUGAGAUAAAACCUCAGAGUCCCCAGAAUGAGUUGAGAUGCCAAGAAUGCGACCGAGUCUUUAAAUGUGAGCAUUCCUACCUAUCCCAUGUCCGUUUCCUCUGUGUCCCAGAGAAGAGUGCCCUGCUGUGGAGAAACUUCCAGAACCCUAAGACUGAAAAGAGCAACUUAGCUGAGCAGACCACAAAUUUCCACAGUCUGGCAAGGGAUCUAGAAGUCAAAAUGGCAGCUUGUAAAGAUGAUGCACAUGGUCUUGUUGGAGAAAGGAGAGCAAAAUCUGAAGAGGCUGAGAACAACAGGAGCAGGAAAACAGUGUUGUUGGAGAAAACCAAUAAUUUGACUGAGGAACGUAACUGUGGGGGCAAGGAAGAGGUUGGAGGAGAGCAUGCAUUGGCUGGUUCUUUCUGGAAGCUUAGUUCAGGGAGGCAGUCAGCUAGGAAGGAUGUUUUAGAGCAGAAGCAGAGUGCUUUCACUGAGGUCAGGAGGAUGAAGGAGAAGCUGAGGCAUGAGAAACUGAAGGAGCCAGAGCAGGAGGAUGGCACGGUCCCAGGUGGUAAAGAGCAGGUAUCAAAGGAAGUGUUGGUGAACUCCUCUGGUAGUGCAUUCUCCUUUGUUUGGCCCACCAGAGCUCGAGGAGAACAGAAAAGUGCUUUCAGCAAACCCAGUAAGCGUCUAACAGAAAGAGCUGCAAUAAAUUCUUCUCAUCCCGUGAGUGAGUCAGCAAAGAGCCUGGGGGAGCUGUCUGGCUUCAUUGCCACCACAGACAUCAUGUGCUGCAGCACUCUUCUCAAUUCCAAGUUCUUUGUCAGUGAUUUGUGUAAUGCUCAGAUGCUGCAGGCAAGCAUCACUCGGAGCAAUGUUUUCCCAUAUACCUCAGAACCGUGGCCCAAACAAGCAGGAGGACAGUUACAAAACACAACCACCACUUCUUCUUCCUCCUCCUCCUCUUCCUUGACUCUUCUUCCCCCCACCUUCACAUCCUUUGGAGUGGCUGCCCAGAACUGGUGUGCCAAAUGCAACCUGUCCUUUCGCAUGACAUCCGAUUUAGUCUUCCACAUGCGGUCACAUCACAAAAAAGAAUACUCCUCAACUGAAUCCCAGUGCAAGAGGAGACGAGAGGAGAAGCUAACAUGUCCCAUUUGUCAUGAGUACUUCCGAGAACGCCAUCAUUUAUCCCGACACAUGACUUCUCAUAAUUAGAGCUGUGCAGACAGAUGUCACCAAGGGACUGGGCAGGUUGUAUAAAGAAGGGAAUCAUUGUUCACUUAUAUACUUUUUGGGUUUACAUUAAUUUCUUACAGGAAAUCACUGUUUACAAUAAUUUAUAAUAGAUGCUUUGCAAAAAAAUUAUAAAAUGUUUACAAGAAUAUGAGUGGCUUGUAAGUUUUGAAAACUCAACCUAGCCCUUGUCAACUUAUUUUUGAGGAAAUAAAAUAGUGAAAUGAAUGUGCAUGCAGUGUUACUUUGCAGAGUAGGGAACAAAAUUAUAGUUUUGCAGACACAGUUUUCUUUGCUU